ACAUAACUGUCAAGAGGUUUUGUGCAUGUUUCGGCCAGCAGAGGAAUCCGCUUGCUCUAGUCUAGUGUUUGCUUUAGGCGCUCACAGUAGUAGUUGUCGCGCUAGGCUAGCCUGCAGACUGACAAAUUCAGUUGAGACCGGGGCCGAGCGUCAGAUAUAGAAUCCAAGAGAAAGAGAGGAGGCUGGAGACGGGAGACCGAUUGAGAACCGUACUUGUCAAGUUCUGGACUGACGGUGGGACAGGAACUUCUAAGGCGCCGCACAUGAGCUCUACAACGAUUCAGAGGAGUGCGGAAAGUGGCGUAGCUGUAUUGAGGCUACAAAGAAAGCAUGGAACAGGGGGAGCUGAAAAAUUAUCUUGGAUCAUCACCAGACACAGACAAUGUGGCGCAUGUAGAGUGUUGUGCUUUGGCGCCCUCGUGUUGCGACCAAAGGUACAGCACAGGGUAUGCUGAUUGGGAGUUCACGUCGUCAUGCCAGGAUAUCAACAGGAAGCAUCAUCAGAGGUUCCGAACCAUUGAGCGGCAACUCCAGUACCUGCUGGAUAAGGCGGAUGAGUAUCAGGCACACCUUUUAUACAGGCAUGACAACCUGCAGAAGGAACACUUUGCUCACGUGGUGCCUACUUUCCUGCGGACCUGUCAGCCCUACUUCACUUACCUGGAGUCGACCGCUCGCAGCUCCCUGCCCCGGAGCACGCUUCUACCCAUGUACAUCCGCUCACGAUUUUUAGACUUCUCCCAGCAGCUCUGUGAGAGGCUGGAGCAGCUGGUCUUGACCUAUGCCUCCUUUGACUUUCUCUCACUGGAAGAGACUGAUCCGGCAAGUGUCUCCCAUUUCUACAUUGGCAAGUGUCAGAUAGACAGUGUGGGGCUGUCCAUAUACAGGUACUGCCGUCUCACCCCGUACCUGGCUGGGGUCCACACUGGCCUGUACAAACGCAUGCGCUGGAAUGUGGAGAGACCCAGAGAGAGCCUGCAGCAGGAAACGGAUGGCGAGAUGGAGGGACAUCCAGAGGAGGACAAGCCAGUGGCAGGGAACGAGAGAGCCACCAACACAGAGUACUACUUCCUGUGCUAUGAGGACGUCCCUGAGGAGCCUGCUGAGGGGGGCGAUGGAGAGGGAAAAGGGGAGACUGUUGCUAUGGGCAAUAUGGUCAAGAUGUGGACAAUCGGUCAGUGGAUCCAAACGUAUCCUGACCCCGUGAGGGACGACAUCUACGACUGGGUGCUAUGCUGGGUUCCGCAGGCUAGGUACCACAGGCUGUUGUGGCUGGGAGAAGAGGAGCCCUCUGCUUGCAACGCUACUGACUGCCUGCUGGGGGUGUUGUUUUCUCAACAGACCCCAGUGGAAGGUCCCAGUCGUGAAACCGAGACGAGCCACUGUUCUAGUACUGCCUUUGGCCAUAACAUGUUCUCAAUGAUUUAAAGGAUUUAACAUGACUUAUUGCUAGCUUUACAUUGUGUUAUGUUUGGCUAAUAUUUUCAAAUCUAAGUAACUAUUGGGAAGGACUUUAAGGACUGAACACUGACAUAGGACUGACAUAAGGACUGGACACUGACAAAGCUCUGGUUGCUACUAGCCAGUCAUCCAUGACAAAUAUUUUCCUUAUAGUUCCUUACAUAUUGUGUAAAAACAAAUAUAAUUUAUAAAGACAGCAGGUUUUAUUACCAGUUCCCUACCAGCUAGUGAUAGAUUUGAACUGUAUCUAAUGUUGUCUAUUCAUAUUCAAGGUUUUAUUGAGCGUGUGUUACUGUAUUCUGUAGUUGUUGGAAAUCAUUUUGUAUUAUCAGAAUAAAACUAUUGAC